ACACACAUUUUGACUAACAUAUCUAUGAUAUAAAAUAAUAAAGCACUCAUUUGAAUAUGUUCAUUUUAAAUAUCACUUAAUUUUCAACCAGUUAUUUUUAAUAUAAGUAUUUUAUUUUCAAUGGAAUUUUAUUCGUUGAUUUUAAUAAUGUCUGUAGUCGUUUUAGCUAAAAAACCAGAUGAAGAAACAAAUUGUAAUCCUAAACGAGUUAAUAAUUACCGUGAAGAUUACAAAAAUUACAUCAAAACAGUGAUUGGUCACAUUCGCACAAAUAUUGGAUCAAAUGAAAUGCUUAAUAUAAAAUUGAAACUAGAUUCAAUUUGUAUUAUUAGUAUAGAAGAAGCUUUCAAAACUGAAACAAUCUACCAUAAUUUCAAAAAUAACUAUUUUUAUACAAUAAGUCUACUAAAUUUCAAGUAUACUGAAAUAUUAAAACACUUUCUCGAUUACAUAGACAUUAUUCUCCAAAAAUGUAAGCAAUUUCAUGAAAGAAACUUAAAAGAAAAUUUUAUUUCUUGUGUAACGUCACUUGUUGAAGAAGUGAAAAAUUCUAAGACCAUGUUUGAAAAUCUCUACAAUGCUAUGGCAUUUAUAAGCUAUAUAGAUGUCAGAUUUUUGUUUAAAGGAGCAAUUAUGCCGAAUGUUAUAAUUGAUGAAAUAAACUUUUUUCUAAAAUACGCAUUUCAAAAAAUAUCAGAAAACAGCCAUUUAGAUCUCAACAGUUUACCAAGUAUUGAAGACUCGAAAGUUAAUUUUAAGAGUUUAAAUGACUUUCAUACAGUAGCAUCAGAUAUAAUAAAAAAUCUCUAUCAAAAUAGUUAUGUCAUCAACACUUCUAUAAAAACCAAUUCGACAUCCAAUCAAAUUAAUGAAGAUGACUCUUACCUAGUCUAUUUAACAUGUAGUAAACUUAAAUCGUUUUAUAAUGAAAACAUAGAAAUCUGGUAUAAAAAUCUUGGGUUUGAACAAUUUCUCGAUCCCAAAACACCCGAAUUCAUACCUCCAGUUGAUCCAAAUAUUAAUAUAAAUAUGGCAAUUAAAGCUUUCAAUAUACUUCGACAGGAAUCUGGUUGGAAAACAAUGGAACAUAUAAAUAUAGUUUAUAAUGAAAAACUAUUUAGCGUAGAUUAUAUAAUGAAAGAUCCAAUAGAUAAAAUGAAUUUUCAAAUAAAAAAAGAACAUUUAAUACAAUUAAUAAAAUGUAGAUACACAGAAAUAAUUAAAAAUUACUAUAUAAUGGUAUCUGCAAUAUUGUCUAUGUGCAAUGUAGGAGUAAACCGAUUCAACUACAAUUCUUUGAUUAAAUUCUUUGACUCAUUCAACAAAUCUAAAAUAAUGUUUAUAGGUCUGAAUAAAGCCUUAAUUACUUUAAAGAAAUCAUCACUAUGGAACUUUACUUCUUUGUCUCAUACGAAUUUACAAAAAAUAUUAAAAUGGGUUGAUGAUUUUCUUUGUUUAUUGAAUAACAAUGAAUUUUCUCAAGACAAAUUUGUUAAUACAAAUGGUACUAAAAAAACCGACAUUAUAGAUAAAACAUUGAAAUAUUUUCUAAAUUUUCUUAAACAAUUUAAUAUUGAACUAAAUACCAAUUUUAAAACCAUGAACUCCCGUUGUAAUAUGAAAGAACCUUAUUAUAAAAAAUCCAAAUUAAUAAAACAUUUCAAGUAUUUAGGAAGUAAAAUGAGUACUUCAUAUUAUGAACAGUCAAUCGAAAUGUAUCAUAAUGCAUGCAAUUAUUUUGACGAGUUUUGUGAAAAUGUUUACAAAUCUUGUUAUGAAAAUUUAGGAUUCAGAAAAGUUAAUCGUCUCAACAAAACCUCUAAUGAAAUAAUAAUGGUGGAUUAGAUUGAUUAUUCUCCUACUUAGUCUUUACUGUAUAAUAAAAGCUAAGUAUCAACCAGUUGCAUUUAAUAAGUAAAUUACAUAAAAUUAUUUCUACAGUAAAUUUACUAGAUCACUUGAUUACAAGAUACAUUUAAUAUUAAAAAAUAAAUUUUUUUGUAAAUUUCCUAA